AAUGGCGGCGUCUCGGACUUUCUUCACGUCUCUCGGUGUUUUACUUCUGCUUUUAUUUUCACAUUUCGGAUCCACAACUUCAGGCGGCAGGAGGUCGAACCAGGACAGGUGUGGAUUCAAGGUGCAGUCAGGUGGUUUAGAUGGAGGUCGCAGAUUGUCCGUCACCUUCAGAUCCGACAACUGCUCAUUAAACUACCCACUGGGGAAACAUGUGAUCCAUGAAGUUGUCAACGUGUCCUUCAGUCACCUGUCCUGUGACGACCAGGCCGCCGUGGUCGUCCACUGGGCUGCCAGUCCACUGGGGAUCGAACACAUUAAAGGCUUCAGUUAUCUGGAAGACAAAAACCCCGAUGGAAAACAGUGUCAGCAUCUCAUCCUCAAAGACCCACGGCAGCUCAACUACUCCUACAGGACGGUGAAGCUCAGCAGUCAGCCGUUCACCGGUUUGACCUUUGACACCGACUACAUGGUCCGUGUGGUUCCUUUUCCGUCUCUGAUGAAUGAGAGUUUCUUCCAUCCGUCCUUCCUCGAAGCAACUGUAACCUGUGAAGUCCUCCUGGGUCCAGACAGCCUCGUCUGUAAGCCAUUUUGGAAGCCAAAGACCCUGAACGUGUCUCAGCUGGGCUCCAACCUUCAUGUGGCCUUCGACCAGGCUCCACCCACCUUUGGCUUCAGCUUGUAUUACCUGUACUACAAACUCCGACAGGAUGGACCGUUCAGAUUGCACCGAUGCAAACCAGAGGUGAAUCAGGCCAGAACCAGCUGCAUCCUUCAGGAUGUCACCCCGGGAACCUACACCAUCGAGCUAAGAGAUGACAGUAACACGACCAGGAAGCAGACACAGUAUCAUGUCAGCCAGGUCCAGUCCCCCUGGGCGGGGCCUAUCCGUGCCAUGGCCAUUACCGUCCCUUUGGUCAUCUUGUCCGCCUUCGCCACACUCUUCACCGUCAUGUGUCGCAAGAAACAACAAGAAAACAUCUACAGCCAACUGGAUGAGGAGAGCAGUGAGUCGUCCAAUCAUAGUGCAGCGUUGAACACAGACAGGCCAUGGCCCCGCCCCAAAGUGUUCAUCUGUUACUCCAGUCGUGACUGUCCCAAACACACCAGCGUCAUUCAGAGCUUUGCCUUCUUCUUGCAGGACUUCUGUGGCUGUGAGGUGGUUCUGGACCUGUGGGAACAUCUGGAGAUGUGCAGAGAGGGUCAGAUGUCGUGGCUGAGCCGACGGUUGGAUGAAGCUAACUUCAUCAUCACCGUGUGCUCCAAAGGCCUUCGAUAUUUCGUGGAGAGGAAGAGCCGCCGUGGGAAGACGCCCCUCAGUCGUCGCAGUAACGGCAGUAGCAGCUCUCCCAUUGGUGGACCAGGUAGUGACUUGUUCACAGUCACCGUGGCGAUGAUCGCAGAGCAACUACGAUUGGCCAAGCAGAGCGAGGGGGGCGGAGCUCAGGAACUGAACCGCUUCAUGACCGUUUACUUCGACUACUCAGCUGAAAAUGACAUUCCUACCACGCUGAGCCUGGCGCCCAGGUUUAAGCUGAUGGACCAGCUGCCUCAGCUCUUCACUCGGCUUCACUCCGGUCAGUCGGGUCUUGACCGGGAGCCUCCUCCUCCCAACAUGUCCAGGAGGAACUACUUCAGGAGCAAGUCCGGACGCUCGCUCUAUGUCUCCAUCUGCAACAUGCACCAGUACAUCAGCCAGAACCCGGACUGGUUUGAGAAGCAGUUAAAUCCUGCAGGAGGCUCGUCUUCAUCGCCUCCCCCUCCUCCUCUUCCUCCUCAGGACCACAGUGCCCCUCCAAAGCCCUCCUGCUCCUCGUCUGAGCAGAGGUUGGACAGUGGUUUGGUUCUGAAUGAGGUGGUGGUGAAGUCUCCAUCAGUGGAGGGGGGCGACGGAACACCUAAGAGGAAUACGCUCCUGUUGGCCCCUGGAUCUGGUCCCAGUCCUGGACUCAGAUCCAGUCCAUGUCUUCCACAUUGCUCUCUGUCCAUGAGAAACGCUUCAAGGUCGUCCUCUGGCACCGCCCCAGACUCUUCCCCCUCCGUCCUCCAGGACCCAGUCUGCCUCGUCCCUCCUCAGGCAGAAGAAGGCCGGUCGUCCCCCCCACAGGUCCCUCCUCGUGAUUCAGGGAUCUACGAUUCUUCAGUUCCUUCAUCAGAGCUCUCCAUUCCCUUAAUGGAGGGACUGUCACAUGACCAGGUGGACUCCGCCUCCCUGGCUGACAGCGAAUCAUCUUCCUCUGGGCUCGGUGAUGAGGAGCCUCCUGCCGUGGCAUCGCUGGGCUGCAGCGCCUCCACAGUGUGCAGAGCUGAACUGCACCAGCAUCACCUUGAGCAGAGUGACGCACCUGUCAUUCCAGGGGAACUGCAGCCUCCAGCCAAUCAGAAGACACACAGGCUGAUGACAUCACAGCAGGACAGAACUGUAUCAGUCUGAACCUUUGGAGUCAGAAGUGUUGUCAUCCAGUCACCAUUGAAACGGAACUGGAAUCAUUAACAGAACACCAGACGGGUUAAUGUACAGUAUAUAUGAUGGGAACCGCUGUGUGGCAGCCGUUGGGUUCUGGUUUCCUGGUACUUGGUAACCACUACAUCCUAUGUAUGUAUUCUGUUGAACCACUGUAGUUCCAUUUGCUGAUAUAAUGAAUCAGUUUCAUGUAAAGACAAACUCGGACCUGCAUCCUGAUUAGUUAAUGGACAAGAUGAGUCGGCUGGUACCAAACACAAAGCAUCCACCGGUACUGAACACAAAGCAUCCACUGGUACUAAACACAAAGCAUCCACCGGUACAAAACACAAAGCAUCCACUGGUACUAAACACAAAGCAUCCACCGGUACUGAACACAAAGCAUCCA